AUGGCGGCUGCAGCAGAAGCACGUGUGAAGCAAGAGUUAGAAAGAUCUUUAGAAGUGAUCGAACGAGAACAACUAAGACCAAUACAGGGCAAGUCUCAUAUAUGUGCUUCUAAAUGUUGUGAAAAUAAAGUUGCCAGUAAAGAGAGUGCACAGCAAUGUAUGACUAGAUGCUUCCAGCCACUACAAGAAAUGCACAAAUAUAUCGAGCAAGAACUUGGAAGAUUUCAGGGUAGGAUAAGUAGAUGUGCCCAAGAAUGUCAAGAUAAAGUCCAAGAUAAACUAGAUACCAAUACAACCCAGUCACAGGUAGCAGAGUACCAAGGACAAGUAGAUCAAUGUAUAGAAAGCUGUUGUUCCUCACAUAUAAUCAUAGCACAGCAAAUGUUUGAGAAAAUGAAGAAAGUAAUUUCAGAAUCARCUCAGGCAGUGAAUAAAUAAUAACUUCAUAACAUUUACACUUUUCACAUGUUUUUACAGUAAAUUUAUUCGUUGGGGGGAAGGGGAUCAUACUGUAUCUUUUAGCCCUUUAAUGUAAAUGUUGCUGGACAACAAGUGAUUGUAAAGAUAAAGGGUGCCUUAUUUCUCUAGGAUAGAAUAUAUAAGAGCCCUAGCACCUCUCUAUAUUUCUUCUUUUCACUUCCUGUUCCAAGGUAUGCAAGGUGUGUUACUCAAAUGGGGGGGGAGGGUUCUAAGAUUUGUUUUGAUAGGUAAAUAAAGACAAUUUUCAAAUGAA